AUGAGCGUGACGCUUCACACCAACCUCGGGGACUUGAAGGUCGAGCUCUUCUGCGAGGACGCCCCGCGGACGUGCGAGAACUUCCUCGCGCUCUGCGCCAGCGAGUACUACGACAACACGUCGUUUCACCGCAACAUCAAGGGGUUCAUGAUUCAGGGCGGCGAUCCCACGGGGACAGGGCGGGGCGGUCAGAGCAUCUGGGGCGGCAAGUUCCCCGACGAGAUCCGCGAUAACCUCAAGCACACGAACCGCGGGGUGAUGUCCAUGGCCAACAGCGGGCCGAACACCAACGCGUCGCAGUUCUUCUUCACGUACGUCAAGUGCCCGCACCUCAACGGCAAGAACACGGUGUUUGGCAAGGUCAUCGAUGGGUUCACGGUGCUGGACAUGAUGGAGAAGACCCCGGGGGACGAGGCGGACAGACCGUUGGCGGAGAUUCGCAUCAAUCGCGUCACGAUACACGCCAACCCGCUGGCGUGA